AUGUCAGGGGAGGAGGAGUUUUAUCUGUUCAAGAACAUCUCGUUGGUGGGGCCGUGGGAUGGCCCUCAGUACCACAUUGCGCCCGCCUGGGCCUUCCACCUCCAGGCAGCCUUCAUGGGCUUCGUGCUCUUCGCAGGGACGCCGCUCAAUGCCACUGUGCUGGUGGCCACUCUGCGCUACAGGAAGUUGCGGCAGCCACUCAACUAUAUUCUGGUCAACGUGUCCCUGGGGGGUUUCCUCUUCUGCAUCUUCUCUGUCCUCACCGUCUUCAUCGCCAGCUGUAAGGGCUAUUUCAUCUUUGGUCGCCAUGUUUGUGCCUUGGAGGCCUUCCUGGGCUCUGCGGCAGGUCUGGUGACAGGCUGGUCACUGGCCUUCCUGGCCUUUGAGCGCUACAUCAUCAUCUGUAAGCCCUUCGGCAACUUCCGCUUCAGCUCCAAGCACGCACUGAUGGUGGUCCUGGCUACCUGGGUCAUCGGUGUUGGCGUCUCCAUCCCACCCUUCUUUGGCUGGAGCCGGUUCAUCCCCGAGGGCCUGCAGUGUUCGUGUGGUCCCGACUGGUACACCGUGGGCACCAAAUACUGCAGCGAGUACUACACCUGGUUCCUCUUCAUCUUCUGCUUCAUUGUGCCUCUCUCCCUCAUCUGCUUCUCCUACUCUCAGUUGUUGGGGGCUCUCAGAGCUGUUGCAGCUCAGCAGCAAGAGUCAGCUUCGACCCAGAAGGCUGAGCGGGAGGUGAGCCGCAUGGUGGUGGUGAUGGUGGGAUCCUUUUGUCUCUGUUAUGUGCCCUAUGCUGCCCUGGCCAUGUACAUGGUCAACAACCGUAACCACGGGCUGGACUUACGGCUCGUCACCAUCCCUGCCUUCUUCUCCAAGAGUGCUUGUGUCUACAAUCCCAUCAUCUACUGCUUCAUGAACAAGCAGUUCCGAGCUUGCAUCAUGGAGAUGGUGUGUGGAAAGGCCAUGACAGACGAGUCUGACAUGUCCAGCUCCCAGAAAACGGAAGUGUCUACUCUCUCUUCUAGCCAAGUUGGUCCCAACUAA